AUAAGAUUACCUGUGUUUAAUUGCUUUCCAUUACGCCGCUCUUGGACUCCUUGCUACACAACCAUCAAUUCAAAAAUUCUUUGUCAAAACAUUCUUGGUCGUCGGUGGACUAAUCGUCAAGAUAAGAUAGCGCUUUGGCGUGAAGUGAUUAACCCAAACUCUAAUGCACUUAAACACCAAGAAAAUGGCGAGCUCCAGUUUAGAGGAACUAUUUAAACGGAUGAAGUAGGUGUUACUGUGAUUAAAAAAAUAAUGGAUCGUGAAAGCAGAUACACUGCUCGUUUUGCUGUUGUGGUGGAACCAACUCAGUACAUUUCACAAGAGAUUGCUCAAGAAACUGUUGGAAGAUGUGUUACGAUUAAUUCUGGACGAAGAGAUUGGCUAUUCUGUGUGCAUGAAAACUCAACGGCAAACAAUCUAAACAAGUUUCGCUUUACUAAACAGUACCAUGACAAGUUUGAAAAAAUAAAGAAAUACCGUCGAAUCCCUAAAGCUGUGAAACCCGCCAGAGUAGCAGCCGCCGAAAGGCUUUUGAUUAAUCACGAUUCUUUGAAUAGAGGUAUAUUUGAACAUUAUCUUGCAAACAGGUCUAAUAUGACAGGCAUCAUCCAAAACCAAUAUGUCAACUUCCGAAUUAACCAUCGUACUGCUCAUCCCUUGCACAGAAAACUGCGGCUAUCUGCCUAUUUUAGAAAGCAGCAAGGAAACGAGGAUCUUAUUGCAAAACUGGGUGAACAGUUUGGUAUCGAAGCUGUUUAUGUCAUGGGUGACUGGUCUGCUCCUAAUACAAGAUUUCAUGAGCCGGUUCGAGGCCUUGAUUCCGUCGGUUGCUUUAAAAAGCUGGUAAAAGGGUGUACUUGA